AUGCUGCUGCAACGUAUCUGCCUCCUCCUCUACUCGCUGUGGACGCUGCUGCAGCGCGUGAAGCACAAGAAGUGGCUCUUGCUCGUGUCCUUGAGCUUCUACAUGGGCCUGCGGUCGACCCAAAAAGAACCGGUGGUAGGACAGCCGCGCGACGUGGAGAUCAACAACGUCAUCACACAGACAAAAGACGACGGGAUCCACAUGAAGCCGACGUUUGUAGGGUCGCCGUGGACCAACGCGAGCUUUGAGUGCGUGGGCUGGAAGCGCAUCCACUCGUGUCGGGAACAGAAGCCGGCAGGUGAAACACCGAGCGAGCCACCACCAGAGCCUGAAAAGGACAUUUUGGACUGCUCGGAAGAGAUCGGCAUCCAAAUGGCUGGCUACUGCAUCGUGCGGAAUCGGACGUCCGGGGACUUGUAUCAGCUCAUGAUCAGCUCGUGCGACUCGCUGCGCACGGGAUCGUAUACGUGCGACAUGGCGCGCGAUUUCUCCGAGUUUGGAUACCACUCUAUCGGUUAUGAGCACAAGCCAGUGGCACCGACGCUAGCGCUGCAGUUAGCAGCGACAAGCAGACGGCAGCCGACGAAUGGCGUGUUGAUGAUCAUUUACGACCGUGUGCUGCCAUCGGCGUACGCAACGAUUCGGAUGUUGCGUCUUCAAGGCUGCGUGCUACCUGUCGAGCUAUGGUAUCGGCCAGACGAAAUGUCGAUCGACAAUCCGAUUAUUUACAAGCUCUUAUCCGAGUACAACGUACGGAUGCGGCCGAUCUUUGACCGCCGUGCAACGGGAUUCCAUGUCAAGCCGUAUGCAGUGUACUAUAGCAGCUUUGACAACGUGUUGCUGCUCGAUGCGGACAACUUGCCUGCAAAAGACCCUACGUAUUUGUUCGACGAGCCAGAGUUCUUGCGCACGGGUGCCGUAUUUUGGCCCGACUACUGGCAACCAUCCAAUUCGCUCUUCCAGCUGUCGAACACAAGUCUAUUGUGGCAGCUCACCGGUAUAAAGUACGUAGACAUGUUUGAGCAAGAAAGCGGACAAGUGCUGAUUGACCGGCUGCGCAGUAAGCGGGCGUUGGACAAGCUUAUGUUCUACUCGACGCAUCAGCCCCGGUUGCUGGAGAAGUUGAAUCUCCUUUGGGGAGACAAAGACCUUUUCCGACUGGCGUGGCUCAACAGUAGUCAGCCUUUCCACCUUGUCAAGUAUCCGCCUGCAGUGGGCGGAUUGGACCUGAUGAAGGAGAAAGGAGUGUUUUGCGGGCUUGCUAUGAUUCAGCACGACAUGCAGGGCAACCUUAUAUUUUUCCACCGAAACACCAUCAAGCUGGACGGCAAGGAGGACCAGCCGCUUGUGAUGAGCCAUAUUCAAGAGUAUUCGCUCGAAGGCGACCCGCGCGACUACCGGAUCUUCCAGGCCGUGUAUGCUCACAAAGAGUGCUGCUACUACAUUGGCACGGACUCGUUGCCGGACGGACGACCAGCUACCCAGAUCACACCCGUCGACACGACGAUCUACGCAACGAUUGAGAUUUUGGCCAUUCAGUUCUCGAUGGAGGCACGACAGUUGCUGAUCGAAGACGCUAUGACCAGCAGCAUUGCCGGCUUUCGAUCGAUGCGCGUACAGCACAUCGUGGCGCUUUUUCUGCUGGUCUAUGUGCUCGCGAUCAUUAUGUUCGUGUGGUGCAAAGGUCGACCGGCACGAGAGCGAUUGCCGAGUCGCUGGAAACCCAUGGAUUCCAAGGAGAGCUAG